CUUCGUCUUUUUUGUAAAUUAUACCUAUUACCUUGCGAUGUGUUUCUUGAAUUCUGAGUAAAAAUAAUAAAGCUUAUUAGCUUUAGGACUGAAAAAUAAUUGUAUUUGUGGAACAGGCGAAUUACUUGUUUGAAAUGUGAUUUGUGUUGCCUUAUUCGCCGUGAGGUUUUUUGAUCUUAAGUUCGGAAGAAUAUUAAAAUAUGUCAAGUGAUGAGGAUAAACCUCCGGCGCCACCGGUGCGCCUCACAAGUAACAGAGCGAUAGAUCGGGGCGAUUCUGUUGCUUCAGUAGAUAUGAGGCCUCUACCCAAAGAGCCAGAUGAUGGCGGUGAGAGGAAAAAGAAGACACUGAAAGCUAAAAUUAAGGGUUCCAAGAGCACAGCACACAAUGACAAUAAACCAAAUAUAAGCUAUCCAACAAAUUUUGAACACACAGUGCAUGUAGGAUUUGAUGCUGUUACAGGAGAGUUUACGGGAAUGCCGGAAGCAUGGGCGCGGUUGUUGAUGGCAUCAAACAUUAGUAAGCAAGAACAGAAAAGUAAUCCUCAAGCUGUUCUUGAUGUUCUUAAGUGGUAUGAUGCAUCGGCCACACAGCCUCCAGUAUCUAAAUACAUGACAUCUGCACAGAUGCAUACAACUCAUUCAGGGUCAUCAGUCUCAAGAGUGUCUUCGAGCAGUCCAUCAUCAUCAACCCCGACAGAUACUGAACACCCAGAGCCUCCUCCUCCACCCCCCUCAAGACCUGAUCGGACUAAGAGUAUUUAUACUAAACCCAUAGAAGAAGAAGAAACACCACCUACGAGGUCGACACACGCGCCCGCCACUCCUCCUCAUGUGCCACAUCCGGCACUCACAACUCAUUCGAUAUCAUCAAGUAGAGUGGAUGUGUCGCCCGCACCUCUGCCGUUGGACCGCAACAAGAACCCCGCGCACACGCCGCCGGUGCACGCGCCCGUUGCGGCGCCCGUCACGCAACCUAAUGGCACGCCCCCUGCCACCACCGACACCGGAAGAUCAACUGGGCAACAGCAAAGAAAGAAGAAAAUGACAGAUGAGGAGAUUUUAGAAAAAUUAAGAACAAUUGUCAGUGUCGGUGAUCCAAAUAGAAAGUAUACCAAAAUGGAAAAGAUUGGCCAAGGAGCAUCUGGUACAGUAUACACUGCAAUAGAAACAUCAACGGGCAUGGAGGUAGCGAUCAAACAAAUGAAUCUAAGUCAUCAGCCCAAGAAGGAGCUAAUUAUAAACGAGAUACUUGUGAUGCGGGAGAACAAACACAACAAUGUUGUCAACUAUCUUGACAGUUAUCUUGUGAAUGAAGAAUUAUGGGUGGUAAUGGAGUAUCUUGCCGGUGGGUCUCUGACCGAUGUGGUGACGGAGACAUGCAUGGACGAGGGGCAGAUAGCGGCGGUGUGCCGCGAGGUGCUGCAGGCGCUUCACUUCCUGCAUACCAACCACGUCAUACAUCGCGACAUCAAGUCGGAUAAUAUACUGCUUGGUCUCGAUGGACAAGUCAAGCUAACUGACUUCGGUUUCUGUGCGCAAAUAUCUCCAGAGCAGAACAAAAGAACGACGAUGGUGGGGACACCAUACUGGAUGGCACCAGAGGUUGUUACGAGGAAACAGUACGGACCAAAGGUUGAUGUUUGGUCGCUAGGUAUAAUGGCCAUUGAGAUGAUCGAAGGGGAGCCUCCAUAUCUCAAUGAAAAUCCUCUGAGAGCGUUGUACCUCAUUGCGACUAACGGGAAACCAGACAUCAAGGACAAGGAGAAACUAAGUGCAGUGUUCCAAGACUUCCUUGACCAGUGCCUCGAGGUGGAUGUCGACACGCGUGCGGCCGCACUCGAUCUUCUCAAGCACCCGUUCCUUAAAAUGGCACGUCCGUUGGCUUCGCUGACACCUCUGAUAAUGGCCGCGAAAGAAGCAGCCAAAGGACAUUAACACAGGCCCGCGGCGCCCGCCGCUCCAGCCCCCGACUAGCGGCCGUGAUGGUGAUAGAAACGCGAAGAUUGUUGCGACCGCGACCUACAUAGUGGUCGUCAGCGACCAACCGUUUCAACAUAAGCGACCACGAUCGCGACCAGUGCCUCCCUUGUUUCGCACGCCCACUCGACCUCAUCACCCAUCCAGUAUAGAUCAGUAAGUGGCUGCGUAUACAAGUAUAGUUGACAUUCGACGAUAAUACAGUCCAGUAGCGUAUCUGUAGUGUCGUGUAGAUUAGCCGUGUCGUGUUGAUACUCGAUAGUGACCAACACUGAUUGACGUGUUGCGUCCGACCCGGUGAGCUUACGGAUAGUGUAGAUAUAGCGGUAGAUAGAGGGAUCGACGUUACGAUAUCUGCAAUUGAAGACUGGCAGUUUAUAUUAGACUUAUAAAUAUUAGAUUACUGUAGUCGUACGUUUGAGAUCAGCUUAAUACUGUGAUGAGAUGUGGGUAGUUGGAUGUAACACGUCAAUGUAGACCGGAGCUUAGACGUAAUGUUAUUAUGAAUUGGGCUGCCAUCUAUUUUAUAUUAUUUAAUUUUGUCGUAUAUUAUCUGAUUUCUAAUCUAUUUUUUUUAAAUUUCCGUUAUGUUUUUUAUAGUGGCAGACGUUGGUACGUACGGAAAUAAUCGUAUGGAGAAUGUUCGAUUAAUGUAGUAUGAUAGAGUCAUUACUAUUUUCUUAUCUACUUACAAUAAAUAAAAAGAGAUAAUUGCUUCGUUUGUUAUUUUUGUGCGUCUUAUUUUAUUUUAGACUGAAUUAUAAUAUGCAUUAGUUUUGUGUGCGAUGAAUGAAGUAUAUAGUUAAAAGUAUCAAUGCUAGUUUUAUAAUGCGAGAUUUAUUUAUGAUUCGUGUAACCUAUCAACUGCUUUAAUAGAAUAAUAGUGUUUCAUUGACUUUGUAUCUUUUGUAUAGCAAUGCGCAAUAUGAGUAAGCCAAACUAUACUCUGGUCACGAAGCCGCCAUUUUGUCGGUUAUUGACCUAUCACAUAGUCGCAAAUUGACAAUUAAUAUAUAUUUAUAUUAUAAUAUUAAUUUUACUAGAAAAUCUAUUUAAAGGACUAGCUUAAUGCUUUAUACAGGAUGGCCGAGAAGUUCGCGUCCAAAGCUGAAAUUUGAAAGCCUCAUGGUGAUGAGUAUCCGAAUCACCCUUAUGUAUGUUCUACGAUUUUGCUUAGUUUAGGAGAUAAUAAUUUUUUCCCCUUUUAUCCGCGUUUUUCACCUAAUUGUGGUAUAGGACUUGUUUCUAAUUUUUUUGAACACGUUUAGUUAAUUUUAUUGUUGAUAAUUAUUAACUACAGUUGCAAUAACCACAUAAGAAACUAUGAAUAGUUUAGACAAUGCGGAAUUGGUUUAGAAUUGAGUCGUAAGUUCAAGAUAAAUGCUCCAGCCAGAUAAAUGCAUGAAAAUGUUCAAGGUAUCAAAAAUAAAAGAACCUAUUCCCAGAACAUUGGCCAAUAAAAUGAGCCAAUUUCAAAUUUUAGCUUUGGACGUCAACUUCUGGGCCACCAGUAUGUUACAUAAAUUCUGCUUAGUUAGAAAAAGAACAAAACAAAUAUCACUAGAGCACUAUUCAACAAUAUAUAAUAAAAGUCUUUCAGCAGAUUAUACUAUGAUGUGGCAUUUAAUGUAUUAUUUAAAUAUAAAAUUCGGGCAAAUGGCGGGCUACUCAUUUUGCGAUAUUUUUUUAUGACUUUUAAUCAGUAUAUUUAUGACAAGCAGUUUUAUGUUACAAUAUUGUUUUAUCAUUUAUGUAUGUUAUUAUUCAAAAUGAUAAUUAUGCAAAAUAUGAAAAUUGUAAUUUUUUUUUAUUUCAUUUUUAUUGUUAGUCAUGGCAGUAAUGCAUUUACGUAGUAUUAAGUUUAUAUAGUCUAUCAUUAUGUGACAUUUUAAUUGAAAUGGUGAAUUUGUUGCAAGACAUAUAAGAAAUUGACAAUUUAUGAAUGUAAUAAUUGAGAUUAUCAAGUUUAUGUUUUAAUUUGUAUUUAAGUUGCUGAUCAAGCCAUAAAAAAUAAUUAUGCUAAUAACCAGCUUUAUAAUAUUUAACCUUGCUAUUAAACGUUUUUAUCAUUCGAUGAGAGCUAUAAAAAAAACUAUUAUUGUUUUACAAAUAUAUAACUUGGCUAAGAUCAACAAAAUCUUAUUGAAAUAAUAGAUGUACUUUGUCUAUGGGUAACAACAAAAUUAAAAAAAAUAUAUCAGCACAGUAUAUAUGUCUGUCUCUCUUUAACUAUAUGCUAAGUUGUGCCGACAGAAGCUGUUUAUAAUUAUUAGUGGCUAUACAUUUAAUUAUACUUAUAUUGUUUAUUGAUUAUAUUAAAGAAUAUAUUAAUAAACUAAUUUUAGGUUAUCUGAAACUAGUAAGCAUAACAUAUUUUUAUAAUAUUCAAACAAACUUCAGUACUGUGAACACAUGUGUCGUAAAGCAAUCAUAUUAGAGAUAGUUAUUAUAAUGUUGAAUUAUAUAAACCUGAAAUUAUUUAAUAUUCAUAAAUGUUUCGUGAUGACAAUAUUAAACAACAUAAAAAUCUUUUCAUUUAUGUGCUCUAACUAACUCUUAACUAAAAUCUUCUUCUAUGCGGCAUGCAAGAAUGGGCGAUGGUUAUCACAUACCGUACAAUGUUUAAUCAUCAGUUUUACUCAGGUAAUGAAAGCUCGAGGAAAUGACACUUAUGAAUGUCACAAGUUUUUUUUUCUUUUACUAGUUUCCUCCACUUCGGAAAAGGUUGAGCUUUAAUGAGAAGAAGUGGCACGAGACUCACUGCCACUCUUUUAAAUCAACAUUAACAGCUUCAUCAUUUUACAAAUUAUUAAUCAACUAGCUGACCCAGCAAACGUUGUAUUGCCGAUAUUAAAAUUGCGACACAAAAGUAACUGUUGAUCGUGGAUGGGUGAAAAUUUGAAGUUGUAUGUAUUUUUUAAUGAUGACUCAUAAUAAUCAAACAAAUUUAAAAAAAAUUGGUGUGGACCACCCUUAACAUUUAGGGGGAUGAAAAAUAGAUGUCCGAUUCUCAGACCUACCCAAUAUGCACUCAAAAUUUCAUGAGAAUGGGUCUAGCCGUUUAGCUACAAACACCGCGACAUGAGAAUUUUAUAUAUUAGAUAGUAAAGUGAUGGAACAAAAAUAUUCAAACGUCAAAUACUCAAUGCCUUGAGUACAGUAGAUGCGCGGUAUUAGGCGAGCAAUUUUAUAAGCGAUCAUAAAAAAUGUAUAUAAAAAACUAUAAAUUUAAAAACAUGGCUUACACAGCGUGGCGAUUGUAUGUCUACAUUAAAUAAAUACACGGGUAGAACCGUAAUCAUAAAAAUAUAUUCAAAAAUGAAAUAUAUAAUUCAUCGAAAUAAAUCAUUUUUCCAUAAUAUCAUAAUUUUGGAACAACCUUACAUUAUGUAAGAAAUAUAGUAGCCGCGGUCUAGCGUAGGCAGAGACACCUAUUUCGUGCCGUCUUAUGCGACCACGUAAGGUUGAUUAAUAUUUUGUUUCCCAAAUAUAUAAUUUAUUUGUUUUUUAAAAUUUCAGUUAUUUACUUUAAAUUUUAGAUAAAAAAUUAUACAAAUGCAAAUACAACUGAAAAUAAAAUUUUAUGAACGAUGCGGGGGUCGAACCCGCGACCUCUCGCGUUCCGUGCGAGCGCUCUUUCCAUCUGAGCCAACCGUUCGACUGACGUAUUCUUCAUAAAAUCUUGUAUGGUUUGUUCAACUCUCAGGUUGUGGCUUCAUCUACAGGAUCUACUUUACAGUUGCAUUUUAGGAAAUUGACUUGAGAUGUCGCUUUGCAAGAGCAAAUCUAAACAACUUGUUGUUUGAAGUUUAAAAACAUAAUUUAUUUUUUUACGAUUAAGGUUAGAUAGCUGUACACCAAUGUCACCGUGAUAGCGCCACCCUGUAUGUUAUCGUUUGUAUAUUGCUUAGUUAUAUAUCAUAUAGGUACUUAUAGCAACUGUAGAGUUAUUUACUGCUAUCUGUUAUGUGUUGCCAGAAGAUAAUAUAGUUGAGACUCGUUUUUAGCUAACCAUAACGCCUUUUCGUGUCAAACAGCAUGUUUUUACUCUCAAUUCUCAAAGACCGAUAACGCUUAUUCAACUAAUAAAAAUCCCGCAUCGCUUUGUGGUUAAAAAAUGGCUUUAAAACAUUAACAUCGCUAAUGCGUGGUAAAUGCGCAACCUCACACGAAUUUUGCUUAAUACAGUCGAAAUCAUUUUUUCAAGAGCGAAACGUAAAUACGUGUUGCGAUAUUUUUUAAUGACCACAACACUUUUUUUCACUCAAUGAGCAUUUUCAAUUUUUAGCGAUUCGAUUUAGUGACGUGUUAAAAUUAAAUAGUUUGUUAUUUUUUAAUGAUAUUUAUUUCAUUUCUGGUAUUAAAUAUACAAAUUUCAUUUGUACUAAAAUUUAUGUGCAUUCGAACCCGCGCUCUUCUAACUAAGCCAUCGGACGGAUACUGCAUGAUCUAAAUCAUAACAAGAAUACCGAAUUCUUGUUCAACUCUCAGGUUGUGGCUCCAUCUACAGGAUCUACUUUACAGUUGAUAACAUGUUCAACCCCAAUAUUUGCAUAUUAGGAAAUUGACUUGACAUGUCGCUCCUUCAAAUAUAAACAAUUUGAUAUUUUUAAGUGAUAUCCCUCACUUCUGGGAUUAAGUAGACAAAUUUAAUUUGUACCAAAAUUUAUGAAUGAUGCGGCAUCCGAACCCUCGCCUCCCGGGUUACGCCCCAGCGCUCUUUCAAAUAAGCCACUAACUGUCGUAUCUGCUCCAUUGUGUUAAAAUUGUUUAAAAAAAAACUACCGCAAAAAAAUGAGGAGAGAGUUAGGAGAGCACAUAAAUGAAAGUGUAUGUUUGUCCGGCCUAUACCGCUGUUGUACAAAAAAAAAAUAUAAAUCUGACUUAGUCGUUCAGUGCGCGUGCAUUUCAAAUACUAUUAUGUAAUAAGAUAUGUAUUAACUAUGUGAUCAUGAAGAUGAAUUUGAACUAAUAUUAUUAAGAUGAAUGAAGAUAGCACUACUGUAUCUAAACGUAAGCUAAAGUGUAUUAAUAAAUGUAAUGCGGAACAUGUGGUUUCUUCAUGUUAUACAUAUGUUUUGUUUAGAUAACACCCGUGCCAUGCAUGAGCAUUGUGCAUGUUAUGACAUACAACAUGAUAAAUAAAAGACUCACCUUGAUA